AAGACAGUGUCCACUCACGGUUGUCCUAGCAGAGUUUCCACAUCUGUGUAUAUGCAGGGAGGGAGGCAUCUUUCCAGCAAACUGUCUCAGGAGACCUUGCAUUCAGCCAAUUGAAAAUGCAGAGAAUUUUAACGUUAUGGUGUUCAGAUGAGGACUAUAACCUCAGGUCUUCUCAAGUUAUAGAGUCCAAGUCGGGUCCAAGUCUUUCUAUCAGUUUUGCCGAGUUGAGUCACAAGUCAUCAGGUCUGUGAUUUGAGUCAAUGUCAACUCAUAAGUCAGUGACUCGAGUGCCCACCUCUGCAUUUUACAUCCUCACCCUGCAUUUUGGCGCCCCCUGGUGGCCAGCUGACCAAAUCCCACCCUCAAGCCCAUAAAGUUUUGCUGAAAGUACUGCAUGUUCACGACCCAGAGAGUAAAAUAUGUUCUGUAGCUUGUUUCUACUCCACAAAGUUUGAUUGAUGCAACAAGAGCCCCCACCGCGACGUGGGAGGACGUAACAGGCUGCGGACAUACACAAUGACUCAUACCGCCUGUGUGUGCUGGCUCUGCUAAUUAGGUUAACGAUGCCUGGCGUGAAUGGGCCUGCUGCUGGGCCCCUUUCAGCCCCUGACCCCCCGUCCCUAAUCCGCACGCUCCUCAACAUUGAUCUUCAAACAUGGAAGUCGGAGUCAGAGGCCUGCUGUUUCGAGCGGCCUGCCUCCCGCCCUUGCUAUACGCUUCCACGUAUUUUGACGGAUUCUUGCACAUGCAUCCUGUGCCGUUUCCUGAACGUGACCAGCUAGCUGCCCAGAACUGGGGAGUGAAUCUCCAGGGCCAACGCUCAGGAAUGCAGUUCUGCCACCAGGGGUCCCGCUUUAUAACCUCCAGCAGGGUCUCGCUGGGCCAGACCACGGUGACGGCUGCCGCGGUGACCCCUCAUCCCAGAGCACGGCUCACCGUUCCGCUGAUUCUUCCUCUCUCCCUCCUUUGAGGAUGGUAUCUUCACCUGCUUCUGGUCCCAUGUCCCCCUGGACGUUGUGGCUGCUCAUCCUCCUGCUGUCUGUGGCCAGUCUGGUCAAAUCGAGACCCCCACCCCUCAACUCAGAGAACCAGAUCGCAGACGGCCUUUUUGGCACAAGAGGUGGCUCCCUUCUCCAGAACCAUCUGGAUCCAUGUGGGGGCUGCGAGGUCUUCAUGCCUCCCGCGUGGCGGGGUGGACGAGGGACACACACGGAGCCUGAAAUUGAGCCCCGAAACGCCACACCCAGCCUCCUCCUUGAUUUCAUGGGUCGCCAGAGGAAGUUUAAGGGCCGUACCCGGAAGAGCAGCCAGAUGGGGGGGGGGUUAUGCCGGGGCCUCAAUCCAGGCAGGCUGCUGACAGGUGUCCCAGGUGAUGCUGCCCCUCCUAUGCGUCAGGACUCCCUGACGAGCUGAAGAAGGCCUGCUGACCAGCCCAUCUCUAAAAUGUCCUCUACAGCGCCCCCUAGGUCUCUUCUCAUGUUACAAACACAGUCUAGUUGCUUUGUUUGUUAUUCAUAAUUGUUAAUUGUCUUAACGAAGUGUAUCGUCAUUAUUGAAUCUCACCCCCGCCUUUAUGGACCUUUCGUAUUUACGACCUAUAGUCCAUCUGCCAUCCAUUAAUCUCAUUUUGUGUAAUUUUAUGGUCUGUGGUGACUGUGUCCCUGAUAAAUGCCUGUAAAGAGCUCA